AUGCCAGGAGAACAAGGGCUACCUGGUGACGAAGGAGCAGAAGGCCCGCCUGGCGAAGACGGUGAGCAAGGAGAAGAAGGUGCGCCCGGCAUCAAAAAUUUGUUUCGCUCUGGAACAAAAGGACCGCCUGGAGAACCCGGAGAAGCCGGUAAGCCUGGCUCAUCGGGACGAUCGGGCAAAAACGGAAAACCAGGUUUGCCAGGAAUACCAGGCGCAGGUGGCAAGCCGGGACUGGAUGGACUCGAUGGAGAGCCCGGACCGGUGAAUUCAUUUAAACAGUGUUCGAUCAAAAAAAGUUGA